UCCGCGUUCGCCUCUCUGGCCGGUUGUGUCAUAAUUUGUCGAAUUUUCGUGCUUCGUAUUAUAAAAGUGAUUUAAGUGUAUAUAUUCAACGGUGGUGUGUGAUUUUCUAACUGUAUACCAAACUGAUUUUGUCCUGUUAUCGAUUUAUCCAUCACGAUGACCUAACCGCCAGCGCCGCCAUGCGCAAGCUAGCCCACCUCACGCUGCUCUGCCUGCUGGUGGCCGGGGCGCUGAGCGUGGUCCGUGGGUGCCCAUGGGCGUGCUCGUGCCGUGGCCCGACCACGGACUGCGCUCAUCGGGGCCUGCUGCACGUCCCCAAGAGGCUGCCCGACUCUAAUCGAUUAGAUCUCCAAGGCAACAACAUCACGAUUGUAUUCCAAAGUGAUUUUCAAAACAUGAAGGAACUGAAAAUUUUACAACUCUCGGAAAAUAUGAUUCAUACAAUCGAGAGGGAUGCAUUCUUGGAGUUGAAUGGCUUAGAAAGGCUGAAACUGAACAAUAAUCGUUUCGGCCAGUUGCCAGACGGUCUUUUCAUGAGACUGAGGCAUCUACAGAGAUUGGACCUAAGCCGCAACGAGCUGACCGCGAUCAGCAGGCGUACGUUUCGCGGACUCACGGCCCUGAAGAGUCUGCAUUUAGACGGGAACCAGCUCAAAUGUAUCGACGAGAAGGCGUUCGAGAAUCUCAAGAGUCUCGAAGUAUUGACCUUGAACAACAACAACCUAACCUACCUGUCGCUGGAGCCGGCGGCUGCCGCCCGACUGCACACCCUGCGGUUGACAGACAACCCUUUGGUGUGUGACUGUCGUGUCGCGCGACUGGCGACUGCAGUGCGGGCGGCCGCUAUACCGCAGCUUGGGGCCAGAUGUCAAGCGCCAGCUUCUCUCAGAGGGGCCUUGCUAACAGAUCUUGAGCCUCACGAGCUCAUUUGCAAUGGUCCAACCACAGCGGUAACAGCUGAGUGUUCAGCAGAGCCUCGCUGUCCGCCGCCGUGCCGGUGCACUCCCGAGGGUACAGUGGACUGCAGGGAGAAGCUGCUCUCCGAACUGCCCGCCACAAUACCGCACAGGGCCACGGAGAUCCGUCUGGAACAGAACGAGAUAACAGAGGUGGGGCCGGCAGCGUUCGCGGCCGUGAAGAGGGUGGCCAGAAUCGACCUGUCCAAUAACAAGAUUUCCAAAAUAGCAGCCGAUGCCUUCACAGGACUCACGCAUCUCACGUCUCUCGUCCUGUACGGUAACAAGAUCAAGGAAAUACCAUCUGGAAUAUUCCAUGGACUCACUUCUCUGCAAUUAUUGUUGCUGAACUCGAACGAGAUCACAUGCGUCCAGAAAGACACGUUCAGGGAUUUGCAGAAUUUGAAAUUACUAUCCCUAUACGACAAUAACAUACGAUCGAUACCAAACGGGACCUUUGAUUCGAUGACUGGGAUUCAGACGUUGCACCUGGGCCGGAAUCCGUUCGUGUGUGACUGCGCUCUGCGUUGGCUCGCGGCUUACCUCCGCCGUAACCCGAUUGAGACCUCCGGCGCCAAGUGCGACUCCCCCAAGAGGAGCAGCCGGAAGAGAAUUGACGCAUUACGAGAGGAGAACUUUAAGUGCAAACCGGGCGAGGAGAGCGCGAACGCGUGCGACUCGGUGGGCGCGUGCCCGCGCGCGUGCUCGUGCUCGCGCGCGGCGCGCUCCGUCAGCGUGCAGUGCGCGCGCGCGCGCCUGCGCGAUCUGCCGCGCGACCUGCCGCCCAACACCGACGCACUAUUGAUCCCAGACAAUAAUCUUGGGCAAAUCAAAUCCGAUGGAUUGUUUGGUCGGUUUCCAGACCUGAUCAAACUUGACUUCAGAAAUAACGGUAUCACCGUGAUAGAAGACAAUGCUUUCGACGGCGCUGCCAACAUACAAGAACUGCUAUUGGAUGGAAACCAACUGAAGACUGUCACAGACAAAAUGUUCUUUGGACUACAUAGUCUUGGCGUGCUGUCCCUCACCAACAAUAAAAUUCAGUGUAUCACGCCGGGGGCUUUUGAUCAUCUUACCGUGUUAUCAACUUUGAACCUGGAAGGCAACCCGCUGCAGUGCAGCUGCCACCUGUCGUGGCUGGCGGGCUGGCUGCGCGUGCGCGCGCCCGCGGCCGCGGCGGCGUGCGCGGCGCCCGCGGCGCUCGCCGGCGCCGCGCUCGCGCGCCUCGACGGCAACGACUUCAAGUGCACCGCGGAAGACAAGGGUUGCCUGGCGCCUGACUACUGUCCCUCCCCUUGCGUGUGCGCCGGCACGGUCGUGAGGUGCUCCCGCGCACACCUCACUGAACUCCCAGCCAACAUCCCCAAGCACACCACGGAGCUUUACCUAGAAUCAAACGAGAUCGCCAGCAUCAGCUCAGAUCAGCUCCGGCACCUGACUCAACUCACAAGACUGGACCUCUCCAACAAUAAGAUCAGCGUGCUGGCCAACGACACCUUUCAGGGGCUCAGCAAACUGUCCACGUUGAUCGUCAGCUACAAUACCCUCAGAUGUGUUCAGCGCGAUGCCUUGAAAGGACUGACGCAGCUGCGUGUGUUGUCCCUCCACGGGAACAAUAUUUCCAUGCUAGCUGAUGGCGUCUUCAGGGACCUGGAGUCGAUUUCACAUGUUGCCCUGGGUUCGAACCCACUAUACUGUGACUGCCAUGCGCGUUGGCUGUCGGAGUGGGUGAAGAACGCAGGUGAGUACGUGGAGGCGGGGAUAGCGCGGUGCGCGGAGCCAGCCGCCAUGAGGGACAAACUACUGCUCAGCACGCAGUCUUCUGCAUUCGUUUGCAAAGGCGAUCCGCCAUCGGAAAUAGUGUCAAAAUGCGACCGUUGCUACAAGAACCCGUGCGCGAACGGCGGCGCGUGCUCGGCGACGGGCGCGGGCGGGUUCGCGUGCGCGUGCGCGCGCGGCUUCCACGGCGACACGUGCGCGCUGCGCAUCGACGCCUGCUACGGCGCGCCCUGUGCGCACGGCAGCUGUCAGCUGCUAGAAGAGGGGAGAUUCCAUUGCUCGUGCCUGGCGGGCUACACGGGCGCGCGCUGUGAGGUCGACAUCGACGACUGCGCGAUGCACCGCUGCGAAAACAACGCCACAUGUGUCGACAAACUGGAGGGAUACACGUGCAUGUGUGCGCCAGGGUUUAUGGGUGAAUUUUGCGAAAAGAAAAUCCCUUUUUGCACGCCGGAAUUCAACCCGUGUUCGAACGGCGCCCAGUGCACCGACCACGGCAGCCACUACACCUGCAGCUGUCCGCGAGGGUACUCCGGUCAGAACUGUACGGUCAACGCCGACGACUGCCUCAACCACAUGUGUCAGAACGGCGCUCGUUGCGUGGACGGUCUGGACGAGUACCGGUGCGCGUGCGCCGCCGGCUACGCGGGCCGCUACUGCGAGGCUGCGCCGCACGCUGCGCUCGGCACCUCGCCCUGCGCGCACCACGACUGUGUGCACGGCGUCUGCUACCUGCCCGCGCUCGCCGUGCAGGAUGACAUUAUGAUGGAGCGGAGUGCGAUGGUGCCGCACGACUAUCUGUGCAAGUGCGCGCCGGGAUACACAGGUCGGUUCUGUGAGUACCUCACCUCCCUCACGUUCGGACACAACGACUCGUUGGCCGAGCUGGAGCCACUCCGCACCGCCCCGCAAGCAAAUAUCACGCUUGUGUUCAGUACGAGCCAACAGCACGGAGUUCUCAUGUACUUCGGUGAUAAUGAGCACUUGGCUGUGGAACUAUUCAACGGACGAAUUCGAGUCAGUUAUGACGUCGGGAACUACCCCACAUCAACUAUGUAUAGUUUCGAAAUGGUCUCCGAUGGCAAAUAUCACAAAGCAGAACUAAUAGCGAUCAAGAAAAACUUCACGCUGAGAGUCGACGACGGCCCCGCUAGAUCUAUCAUCAAUGAAGGCAGCAAAGAAUACCUACGUCUGGAGCGGCCGAUGUUCCUCGGAGGUGUUCCGGAGGAGGUCGCUAAGGACGCCUUCGCCAAGUGGCAUCUGAGAAACGUCACCAGCUUCAAAGGUUGUCUGAAAGAGGCGUGGAUCAACCAUAAACGAGUGGACUUCACCAACGCGAUCAGAGUGUCGCGAGUGACGGCAGGCUGCGGGGAGGAGGACAGCCCCGCCCCGCCCAGCGUGUCGGCCGUGCAGGAGGACGCGGGGAAACAUCAUCAGGAUCCAUGCGUACCGAAUCCAUGCGCACGCGGCGGCCGCUGCGUUCGUGAGGAAGGUUCCUCAUCAGACUACACGUGUCGCUGCAAAGUGGGCACUGCGGGGCCUCAGUGUGAACUCAGGGCUUCUAUUAGCGGCGCUCGGGUGAUCAGCCAAACCAAUCCGCCCCCUCGCAGGCUGCCCAUCAACAACGUGCAAGCAUCUCCUGCCUCACCUCCGAAGCAACAGUUGCCGGCGGAAAUCGCGCCCAACACACCGACCAACGGAGGAUGUAAAAAGGAGGCGACGCGCGAGUUCAUAACGGAGGGCUCGUGCCGCAGCCGGCGUGCAGUGCGCGCCGCGCGCUGCGUGUCCGCGCGCGCGGCGUGCGGCCGCCAGCACUGCUGCGCGCCCAGGAAGACCAAGACCAGGAAGAUCCGGCUCGUGUGUUCCGACGGCACGCGCUACACCAAAGACAUGGAAAUCGUCCGCAAGUGCGCCUGCGGCAAGAAAUGCACAAAAUCCAGCCCUUUCUUACAUUAAACUUUGAUUAAAAUACAUUCGGAUAUUGUUGAAAUUGGAUCAAGCUCUCAGACUACAAGCUGAUAUAUGAAUGUUCUAGUUUCCGACCGAAUAUUUGGUUUCAAUUUCGGUCUUAAAUUCUGGUUUCGGUUUCGGCCAAACUAAUUUUUAACAUCAAUGUGUCUCUAGUGUGAAAACAAACGAAAGUUUCAGUUACGUGCAAAAUCACGAUUCCAUAGGUCGUGCACUAGAGUGUUCUUCUCUCUCACUCGCGGGGGCUAGCGCGAAUAUUAUCGAGAAUAUAAUCGUAUCGACAAUAUCAAACUUUAUACAGAAAAUUAAUAAUCUAUUUUAUGUACAGUAAAAGCGCUAUGCAUUUUCGAUAUAAAAGUGGAAUACCUAUACUCGCUAAAACUCGUACUAACCUCUGUAGUCAGUAGUCCUUAUUUACACGUAAUAAGAUCGACUAUUGAGACGCGCUUCGUUAUCCAAUACAAUAUACGAAUCUAUUUUAGACACUAUUCAUAUACCUAAGUCAUAAAUAAGCAAUUUCAAACAAACAUAUCUUGAAACAUCUCCCUGUCUCUUUCUAAACAUACGAAGAUUGAUAGAGAGCACAAGUGUAAAGGCACUUUUCUACUGUACCGCUCCCCCUCGGCAAGAUGACGUUCAUUGAAAAGUGAGCUUUAAAGCGUUCUCUGAAGACAUACUUUAUAUUGGCAAAUCGAGAGCUGAUAGCGAGCGGUCCGCUAAUAUGUUGUCAAUGUAAAAAUGUGCUUUGACCUUGAAAUGUUUGCUUGAAAUUGUUGCUUAAAAGCAAGUCUCACAGAUGCUACUAAGUUAACCUCAAAAAUAAGAAACCGUUUAUCCGAUAAUAUUAAUAGAAGUUUAACACAGCAGUAGUUUGUAUCUUAUUAGUCAACCUACAAUAUAUUCAACGGGAAACAUCGUAAGAUAUUCUAAUUAAUUAAUUGCUCUUGACGAGCGUUUUAUGAAUUCCCCCACUAGAUGGCGCCAUUGGAACUUCAGGUCUAGACAACUGUCAGAUAGAACACUGUCAUUUGAGUUUGGUUACUGACCGGAUGUGUCACGUGAUUGGCAAUUGAACAAUGACAACACAAUGAAUGCUUAAAUGCUGAGGUAAUUGGCUGUUAUUCCUAUCCAACACUUAUGAAGAAACGUUUUUCUUGCCUAGCCUAUUUAUGUCAAGCAGUACUGAAUUUAUAGAUUUUUUUUAAAUCGAACUUAUCCAGAUUACGAGAAACCAAAAAUUAAUUUUUGGCGAAUCGUACUUUUGAUUAAGUGUUUCUGAGAACUGUAGACACGCCCAGUGGCGAUAUAGCCCCAUCGAAUAUAUUGCAAUAACAACACCCAUAAUAUUUUAUGCAAAAUUAUCAUUUAUGAUAUAACUCAUACCAAUAAAAAUACUAUUAUAGGCCAUAUUAUAAAAUAACGAAUUUAUAUUAAGACUUGUAGUUUCGGCCUAAUAUACAAAAUGUAACUUAAUAUUUUACGAGCACCUUACCCCGGAGUGGCAACCAUAAAGUACUAUACUGCUGAAUCUAUAUGGAACUAAAAGUUUAGGUACCUAUUUAUGUAAUUGAACGGUAAAUAGCAGUGCUUGCAUUGUUGUGUUUCGGUUUGAGGGUGAAAGGCGGUGUGAUUACAGAAUACUGUGGUAAAAGAUCCUAGGAAACACAAAAUGAGCAACGCGCGUGUUAUACCUCUAGUGUUGCGCGUCCAUAAGCUACGGUGUACACUUACCAUCAGGUGGGCCACAUACCUCUUUGCCUGACUAGGAACAAUAUAAUAAAUCAAUCUUGGACUGUGUUUUCAUUGAAAUAUAUUACAACAUCUUUACAGAUUACAAAUUAAUUUUUACAUUAAUGAAAAAUUACAUUGAAUUACGAUGUUUCUUAGUAAGUUUAACAAUAGUUAACACUGGUGUCAGAUUGUAGGUAUUCAAGUAGCCUAAAGGCAUGUGACAUGAAUUAAGCCUAACCACAGAUGAUUAAUGUGCAAUGAUAUUGAAGGAAACAUUUCAAUAAAAAUACAUAUCUAGAUUGUUUACCCUAUUUAUGUACCUACCUAAACAUAUAGCUUCAUGCAAGGUAAUAUCUACUCCAAGAAAAGGGGCCGUACAUCUCAUGGCACGUAUGGUACCUUAUGUACCUUUUGUAAUGUGCCCUUUUAUAAAUAAUAUUGAGCUAUUCACAACUUAUAUACAGUCGACAAUAUUCACACAAAAUACUUAUGAAUUUAUAGAAAAAAAACAACCAAAACGUAGAAAAUUAAGUUGAAAUUCGCGUAGGUUAAAGCGGUUUUACAUUUAAAAUACCUAUUUAAAUGAUUAAUUUCACAAUAAAUUUAUGUGUUCAUUUAAUGUAAUUAUAAAUAUAUUUAUUAUAAUUGUUUACUGAUUUAAGCAUUAUUUCAAUGUCUUUAGAAAUUAUUUAAUAAGAUUUGAGCAUAACUAACCACAAUUUUAUAUUGAAAAAAAAUUCCUAUACUGUGUAAAAUAUAACCUUGAUUAUAAUGACAGAUGUCAAAUCGUAUGAAAAUAAUACUUCUUUCUCUGUCGCUCUCAUUUCGAAUGUAUCGGUUCAUCCUGUUGUCAUAGGACUCAAGUUAUAUUUUACAAAGAUAAAUAGGUACAAUAGGCCUACGUUUUCAUCAAUGUUUUUAUGGAUAAAAAAACCGUUUAAUUUAAAUCGAAUAAGUAUUUUAGUUUCUAGAACCUUUGUUUAGGCCACAUUGUCCCGUAUAUUCUCGUUGACAGUUUUUAAAUUGUUUCUAAAAUGUAUCUUUAACUAAUAAAUUAUAAAAAACGACAAACCAGUCGUCUGUUUUACAGAAAAUAAAUUGUUUCGUCAUAUAAAUCUUAAUCACAAGUGAAUUAUCAGAUUUAUAUGACGAAUCAAUGAAAAGAGUGUUAGUUAAUACGGGCCACCAGUCUUGCUAAUAGCUCCAAUUCUAUUCAAUUGCAUGUUUCUUUUCGAAACUUGUGAUAUUAAACUGUAAGUCGAUAUCACAAGUUUUGAUCCAAGAAUUUGUCGAAACUCUUUUCGCUAAUAUCGAUGCUUCAACAAAACGAUCGAAGUUUAAACGUGAUUUAGCUGAAGUCAUUUACGCAAUUGGACCAAUUGGAUUUACGAUAUAAGAUCAGCACGGUCUUAUAUAAAAAUCGGGAGCAAUGUGGUAUAUAUAGGUACAGUAUCGCCGCUCUCUGCCGUCGUAGGUUACAUACAAUGUAAGUCGUAGUUAUACAAUGUAUAACACAUAUUUUGUACUCCUUAGAGUUCACUUUAGUUCUUUGCGAUUUAUUCUUUUGCGACAGUCUAAAAUACAAAUUUUAACAAAGAAAAUUAAACAUCAACAAAAUAUUUUUUUUUAUUUCAAAAUUAGCAAUUUAAUUGAAGAACAUUUUAUAACGAAUAUAAUAAUUUAUCGUGAGCAUUGAAAAAUAGAUUGUAAACCCGGAUAAUUGCAAAGAACUAUGAGAUUCGAUAAACCAUUUAGAUUUAUAUUUAUAUUCAUAUCGUGUCGUUUUUUUGACUGAGAGUUUUGUAAAAAUCUAUAUGUAUUAUUGCUAUUGAGUUGCUAAAAUUGCUUUAGGCAUUGUACAUUUCUAGUUUAUUUAAAGUACAUAGAUAUAAUUAGUAUUUAAGACGCAAUGUUAAUAAUAAAUGUUGGCAACAUUUUAUUCUUAUUAAUAAAACAUAUAUAUUGAUUUUUCAACAUAAUAUUUCAUUCGAAAUAACUCACAGUGAACAUUAAGACUCUGUAAAAAUAGGAAAAAAUCCUGGUGAUUUUAUAUAUACUUCAUAUUGUUUAAUUAUUUUAAGAAAUAAAAUGUUGUCAACCAUAAUGCAUUCCGUAUUUAUUCGAUUCUACCGAAAUGGUAGGAUUUUUUGUAUGGUAACAAUAAACAACGCAUUUAUCGACCUAACUUAUUAUCGUCAGUAUUAAAUAUUUUCUGUAUUAUAAUAAUCAUAGAUUAUUUGGAGAAGAAUCUGUCAAGGAAUAUCCAAACACUGCCAUUUUCUUAUUGCCAUAUCGAAAUAUUGUUUUUGGUAGAUUUUUCUUGAAUGUUAGCAGUAAGAAUAACGGUGCAGUGCGGCUGCACCGAUAUUGAUUAAGCUUUAAGUUAUGUACCUAGGUGGAUGUGUUGCUACGCGCUAUUACAUGCUUUUUAUUGAUAAAUAAAUAUUGUCAUAUGCCAUUUAUAAUUUAUUUGACGUAAUAAAAUGAGAUGUUAGACAAAA